UACAAUUAUUAUAAUUCAUAAAGUUAAGAUUUAAGGAAGAUUUAAAUUGACGACAGACUAAUAAACAACUAAAUAAAUAAAUAAACAACGCUCAUAACAAACCUCACUCCUGACGUCAUCGCUACGUUCUCUGGCGCAGGCCCGGCAGAGUCCCGCGCAUGCGCACCGCGCGCUGUUGCCUAUCAAGUUGGUCAAACAGCGGGGAGAUAAAAAUGCAUAAGCUGAAAUCAUCGCAGAAAGAGAAGGUCCGUCAGUUCAUGUCCUUCACUCAGGCUGGCGAGAGGACAGCCGUCUACUGCCUUACACAGAAUGACUGGAAACUAGAAGUGGCAACAGACAACUACUUCCAGAACCCUGAUCUCUACUAUAAGGAAUCCAUGAAAACCGCGGUGGACCGCAAGAAGCUGGAGCAGCUCUAUAACCGGUACAAAGAUCCUCAGGAUGAGAAUAAAAUCGGCAUUGACGGCAUCCAGCAGUUCUGUGAUGACCUCACGCUGGAUCCAGCUAGCAUGAGCAUCCUGGUUGUGGCCUGGAAGUUUCGGGCAGCGACGCAGUGCGAAUUCAGCCGGAAAGAGUUCCUGGAUGGGAUGACCGAGUUGGGAUGUGACAGUCCUGAGAAACUGAAGGCCAUCUUACCCAGGUUAGAACAGGAGCUCAAAGACCCUGGAAAGUUUAAGGACUUUUACCAGUUUACCUUUAAUUUCGCCAAGAAUCCCGGCCAGAAAGGAUUAGACUUAGAGAUGGCUGUGGCCUACUGGAACCUGGUCCUGACGGGUCGCUUCAAGUUUCUGGACCUCUGGAACACGUUCCUGCUGGAGCAUCACAAGCGCUCUAUCCCGAAAGACACGUGGAAUCUUCUUUUAGACUUUGGAAACAUGAUCGCCGAUGAUAUGUCGAACUAUGACGAGGAAGGGGCGUGGCCAGUCCUCAUAGACGACUUCGUGGAGUUUGCUAGGCCAAUCAUUACAGCUGGCAAACGCAAAAAUGUAUAAUUCCCCCCCCCCUUCCUCUUGGAGAGAGAAGUGUCAUCUUUCUCUGUUUAGACAUUUUUAUAUUAAAAAAAUAUUUAAAUAGAAAAAAAAGAAGACUUUAAACAUGUGAGUCCCAAACGUGCUACCAAACGUGAGAGAUGAGUACAGUGUAACGCAGAGCUGCAUCAGGAAUGAGCCCGAGUGCAUCAUGCGCAUCACCACCAGGGGGAGACGGUGGCGUCGAGGAGCGAGGAAAGGAGCGCCGUCUGUUUCCAGUCGCCCCGCCUUUCAAGUGUGACUACAUCUGAGUUUCCGUUCAGCAGUUUUUAACUCAGCUUUACUGAGAACUGAAAUAUCACAACAAAGAUGAAGAUGACUGAGGAGGAUGAAUGUUUUCUGGAGUUCGUGGAAUGGAGGGAUGUGUUUGGCUGCCACUUUUUUUUUCUUCUUUUUUUUUAUAUGUUGUGGUCAGCAGCUGAUGAAAACAGGUUCAGGUUCAGAUACAAAAGCAUGCACGGAAACAUACUUUAUAGUACACUUUAACCAUCCAGCAUCCACCAGUGUGCACAUUGCAGCCGCCGCUAGCAGUAGCAUCUCAAGUGCCAAGGCUGAAACCCAGGAGAUGUUGGAAUACAGGAUGAUGUUAUUUUUUGUUUCAGUUGAUGAGUUUUAAGUGAGAUUUUUAGCAAUGUUACAAUCAAGUUUCUACAACUUUGACAACUUUUAAUUUAAGACCGAGGAUGUUCGCGUGAACUUUCAAAGAUGUAAAAAAGGUUCGAAAUCCGCGAUCACGAAAGUGAGAAAACACGCAGCGAUGCUCUGAACACCAGCAGACGUCAUGUUGCUCCAGCUGUAAUGCACUGUGUGUGUAAAAGUGAUAUACAGACGUGAUGUGGAAAGAAUACAGAAAUAUUGUUGCGUGAAGUUCAUUGUGCUGGUUAAAGAUCAAACAUGCAAUAUCGGAUUAUAGGUUUGUUUUAAAUAGUAGAUUUAUUUGAUUUUUCUUGUUUUAUUUUAACAUCCAUUAAAAUAUGCAUAUAUCAAUCUGUUACCAUCAAAAAUGUACUUCUGGUUCAGUUGAUGAUUUUUAAAAUGAAUUCCCUUUAGACUUAAAGAAAACACUAACCUCUAGUGUGAGCGUGGAUUUUCAGUGAAUAAUGUUACUUUUAUUUGUGUGCACACUAAAGCACUAAAGCAUAUAUGUUCUAGAGUUUAUUAUUAUUGUUAGAUAUAUCUUCCAGAGUUCUGGACAAGGUGCUAUGGUGUUCUGGUUUGCCUCGCGUGUUCGUUACAGAUCGCCAUUGUUGUCCAGUUUGAUGUCACGUUUAUUUCCCCUCAUGCGGAAAGCAGCGUCUUGCUCGCGCGGUACAGGUACGCUUUGCAGAAUGUUUCGAACGUCGAGUUCAGCUCGUCAAAUCAGUAUUAUUGCAUAUGUAAAUAAAGUUUAUUUAAGAAAAAAAAAGAAACGGCAAAUCAUGCAAAUGCAGUUUGUUUGACUGUGGAUUAAAGAGGGUGUUAAAUAAAGCAUGUUUUUAACAAAAAUAACCAAGACUGUGACUACUCACUCACUGGUCCUAUGCAGGGUCACUGGAGGACUUUGUGCACUAGGCAGAGUACACCUUGAGUUUGGUGCAAAUCCAGUCCAGGGCACACAAGCAUGUACACACUCAUACACCCAAGUUGGAAACAGAAAAAUCGAUUUAGUGCCAAUUCCUGUAUCAUC